UGAGGUCUUCGGUCCUCAGACGUUUCCGGUUAAUAACGCGCACAAUCGGUAUAUUCGGGUGGUGCUUUGUUUACUUUAUAAUUUACUUAUUCUUGCAAAUAAAACAUGUCAAAACUAAAAUUAGGACCAUGUUGUUCGGUGAUUGGAUGUUCUCUCAGGGCCGGAACUAACUUGCUUUCGGAAAUCAAAACGUUUAGAUUUCCGAGAAACCAAAAGAAACGUGAGGCCUGGAUUGCGGCAGUGAAGAGGGAGGGCUGGAUACCAACGAGCAACUCUAGGAUAUGUAGCAAACAUUUUAUCUCUGGAAAGCCAUCGGAUGACCCUGAAAAUCCAGAUUACAUCCCAUCGAAGCUUCCUCCCAGACCUGACCCCUCGGCAUCAAAGGUCUCAGUAAAGGACAUGGACUUGAAUGUAACAGAAGUCAAGUCCUACAAAGAUAUGCGUGCUGGAAAACAUCUCGUUAUGAGUGAAAUAGAAAAUAUACUGAAACUGAAUAAAUCUAACAAAGAGCAAGUGAAAAGCCUACAGUCAGAGGUACUGACUCUCACAUGUGAGUGGAAACAACUGAAUUCUGAUGUGGAUUUAAACGAUGAUCAAAUCAUUCACUUCUACACUGGCCUUCGCUCAUCCAAAAUGUUUUUCGCCCUGUUGACUUAUCUCACCACUUCUUGGAGCCCGAGCACACAGAGUCCUCCAACACCUCUCCAGUUUUACUUGGUCUUAAUGAAACUGAGACUUGGCCUCACUCAUAAUGAUCUUGCUCUCAGGUUUCAUUGCACUUGUGCGACAAUCUCGGCAAUAUUUCACGACUGGUUGAACGUAAUGACGCAGCGCCUCAGCUCUCUAAUUCAUUGGCCUUCUAGGGAAGACAUUAGGAAGAAUCUUCCUGCCCUGUUCAAAAGCGCCCCUUUCAAUUCAGUGAGGUGCAUCAUAGACUGCAGCGAGAUUUUCAUUGACCAUCCAACAUCACACAGUGAAGGAGCAAUGACGCACUCCAACUUUAAUUCCCACGAAACCAUCAAAUUCCUGAUUGCCAUCAGUCCGACAGGGUCAAUCACGUUCCUUUCCAAGUCUUGGGGCGGGAGAGCCAGUGACGAAACAAUCACCAAAUCUUCUGGCUUGCUUGAUCUUUUGGAAGAGGGAGACAUUGUCAUGGCCAACAGAGGGUUCAGUUCCCCGGAGUAUUUUACAGAGAAAGGAGUCCAGCUCUUCAUACCAGCUUCACCCCGUGGAACGACACCGCUUGCCGGACAGGAAGUGUGUGUGUCGCGUCACAUGUCAAGGUUGAGGAUGCAUGUGGAACGGGCUAUUUGUCGCAUUAAAAAGUACUGCAUUUUGCGACAAACACUCCCCAUGAACUUGGUGAAGCGAAGACCGAAGGACACCGUGGCAACUGUUGAUAAAAUUCUGUUGGUUUGCUCUGCGUUAUCUAAUUUGGACAAGUCAUUCAUUCAGUAAAAGAAACACAGUAGACAGUAGACAUUUCACAAAUACAUUUUAUUUUGUUAUUGGUGGCAGGUUUGACACAUGAAGUGUUGCACUGUGUGUAUCCUUUGUGUAUAGAAUUUAAUUGGAUUUGCUUGACCUUUAUUAUUUCUUUCUAACUAUCUACACUUAUUAAACAUUUUUGUUUAAUGAGAACAUUUGUUGUCCUGCAAUUGAUUGAAUGCAUUUCACAACAAAAUAUACGAUUUUAAC